CGAAGUCUCUGUGGCGAGAGCGAGGCGAGGAGGAGGAGGAGAAGGAAUCCCACAAUACCAGGCGGGCUGGCUCGAGAGCUUGCGGAGCUCCCGCUGUCUCUUUAAUGCAAGAGGAAGCGAUGCGGAGGGGUGGAAAAUGGCAGAGCUGCAGAUGUUACUAGAGGAGGAAAUCCCUUCUGGAAAGCGGGCUUUGCUCGAGAGCUACCAGAACCUCACCAGGGUCGCCGACUACUGCGAGAACAACUACAUCCAGGCUCCAGACAAAAGGAAAGCAUUAGAAGAGACCAAAGCAUACACAACUCAGUCUUUGGCUAGUGUUGCUUAUCAGAUCAAUGCACUGGCCAACAAUGUGCUCCAACUACUGGAUAUCCAAGCGUCCCAGCUCCGGAGAAUGGAGUCCUCAAUCAAUCAUAUUUCCCAGACGGUGGACAUACAUAAAGAGAAGGUGGCCCGUAGAGAGAUCGGCAUUUUGACAACCAAUAAGAAUACAUCCAGAACACACAAAAUCAUUGCACCAGCAAACAUGGAGCGUCCUGUAAGGUAUAUUCGAAAACCUAUAGACUACACAGUGCUGGAUGACGUGGGUCAUGGUGUAAAGUGGCUAAAAGCCAAGCAUGGAAAUAACCAGCCUGCGAGAACUGGCACUCUGUCAAGAACAAAUCCGCCUACACAAAAACCACCAAGUCCUCCCAUGUCGGGCCGGGGAACUCUGGGACGGAACACACCUUAUAAGACUUUGGAGCCUGUUAAGCCACCAACAGUCCCUAAUGAUUACAUGACCAGUCCUGCAAGGCUUGGAAGCCAGCACAGUCCUGGGAGAACGGCAUCCUUGAACCAGAGGCCCAGAACACACAGUGGCAGUAGCGGUGGAAGUGGCAGUCGAGAAAAUAGUGGAAGCAGCAGUAUUGGCAUUCCCAUUGCCGUGCCUACACCUUCACCUCCGACUAUCGGCCAAGCACACAUAUCUGCUCCUCCUCCACCUCCCGAAGCUCCACCAGCACCACCAAUGCCCCCACCUUUGGUCCUGGGCAGUGUGAUAGCUGCUCCUGGGUCAGCUCCUGGUUCCCAGUACGGCACUAUGACCAGGCAGAUAUCCCGACACAACUCUACCACUUCUUCGGCCUCUUCUGGUGGAUUUAGGCGGAAUCCUUCUGUGACUGCCUCGUUUUCUGCUCAGCCUCAUGUUAAUGGCGGUCCUCUCUAUUCUCAAAACUCAAUUUCUAUUGCUCCACCCCCUCCCCCUAUGCCUCAGUUGACUCCACAGAUACCUCUCACAGGCUUCGUGGCCAGGGUGCAGGAAAACAUUGCCGACAGUCCAACUCCACCGCCACCGCCGCCUCCCGAUGAGAUGCCCAUGUUUGAUGACUCCCCGCCGCCACCACCUCCGCCACCUGUGGAUUAUGAAGAUGAGGAGGCUGCAGUCGUGCAGUACAAUGACCCAUAUGCAGACGGCGAUCCGGCUUGGGCACCUAAAAGCUAUAUUGAGAAAGUUGUUGCCAUAUAUGACUACACAAAGGACAAGGAUGAUGAGCUGUCAUUCAUGGAGGGUGCAAUCAUUUAUGUUAUAAAGAAGAAUGAUGACGGCUGGUAUGAAGGUGUUUGCAACAGAGUGACUGGCCUGUUUCCUGGAAACUAUGUUGAGUCAAUCAUGCACUAUGCGGAUUAAAUUCUCUCUUCAGGUCAGGUCUUAUUCAAUCAUGCCAUAAUUAUUUACAAAGGGUAACUAAAAGGUUAACAAUUGUCUUAAUGCUUUUUAAAAUGUGCCCAUCCUUUCAGGCCAUACUGUUUAAAUGGUAUGAUUGAAUGUUCAUCUGUAAGCAUUUGUCUCUGCAGAGUUUGUAAAACGAGCAACUGUUUAUUACUGAUUAUGCUUAUUUACUUAUGCAUUGUUGAUUUUUAUGACCAGCCUAAAUAUUCUGGGGAAGUAGGGUAUAUAAUAUUUAAUGACUCAUGAUUCAAAUUGUGCCAUUAUUUUCUUUUUUCAGUGCAGCAUGGUAAACUAACAACUAUGUUAGACUAACAUUAAAUCUGAUUGAAAAGUCUGAUAGUGCUGGUCAUUUACCUUUGUUUAGACUCUUGCUCAUCCUCAAACUAUAGUAUUUGUUUAAAAGCAUGCAUACAAACUUAUGUAUUGAAUUAUACUUUUUUCUCUCCAAAAAAUCCAAGAUGCUUCCAAUUUGUUGUAAUCUUUUGCCUGGAGUACUCUUUCACAAAGCCUAUUCCAAUUAGUCCAUUUGAGUCUCUAAGGUGUCCAUUUGAAUCAAAGAUGGGUGGUCUUAUGAUGUAUGUGUAAUUUGUACCUGAGUUUUUUUUAUGAGUAAAUUUGCAUUGAAUUUUUCCAUUCAUAAAUACGUAAGUGAACCAAAGGUCUUGUGCAUUAAUUUGUUGGCUUGCCUUGCAAAGCAAUACUAAAACAUUGACUUGAAAAAAAUCCCCCGGCCCCUUUUAAGCAGAGACAAUUUUGAUGCAAGUGCAAAACUUAGCAUCCUCUGAGAUAGGAAACCAAGUUUCUACAAGCUCAUGAUGUGUAAAAUUACACAAAACUAUUUGGCUUCAUUCAUUGUGACAGUGAUAA